GAACUGAAUGAUUCCGAGAGUGUAACCUAAAAACAACUCAAACUAACCUUACCUGAUACAAAAUAGUGAAGUUUGACAACUUUAAAUUGUCACACAUGGUCAAAACAUAAUUAAAGAAUGCAAGUGCGUUCUAUUUGAUUUGUAUAAUAUUUAUUUAAUAAUAGACGAGAAAAAUGAGAUACGCACAACUUGUAAUGGGACCAGCUGGCAGUGGGAAGUCUACAUAUUGUUCUGCUAUGCAACAACAUGCAGCCAAUGAGGGAAAAAUUAUAGAAGUAGUGAAUUUAGAUCCUGCAGCAGAGUAUUUUGAUUACGAACCUCUAGUCGAUAUAAGGGAAUUAAUUCAGUUAGAUGAUGCUAUGGAAGAUGCUGAAUUGCAAUUUGGGCCCAAUGGCGGACUUGUGUUUUGCAUGGAGUACUUAUUAGAGAAUUCUACAUGGUUGGAGGAAAAAUUAGGCGACGUGGAUGAUGAUUACAUUAUUUUUGAUUGUCCAGGUCAAAUAGAAUUAUAUACACACAUGACAGUCAUUCGUCAGUUAACAGCAAUGUUGCAAAAUCUCAAUUUCCGUAUAUGUGGAAUUUUUUUAGUAGACAGUCAAUUUAUGAUCGAUGGAUCAAAAUUUUUAUCGGGCACAAUGGCUGCACUUAGCGUAAUGAUUAAUUUAGAAUUACCACAUAUUAAUAUUCUUAGUAAAAUGGAUCUAUUGUCAAAAAGUGCAAGAAAGCAAUUAGAUAAGUAUUUAGAACCUGACCCACACAGUCUAUUGGCAGAUAUGGAAAAAGAUUCUUGGAAUGAAAAAUAUAGAAAUCUUACAGAGGCUAUAGGAAGACUUAUAGAAGAUUAUAGUCUAGUACGUUUUUACCCAUUACAUAUAAAAGAUGAAGAGAGCAUUGCAGAUAUUAAAUUAACGAUCGACAACAUUAUUCAAUAUGGGGAAGAUACUGAUGUUAAAAUCAGAGAUUUUGAUGAGCCUGAUGAAGAUGAUGAUAGAGAUGGAUUAUAAUGUUAAAGUGUAAAAUUAUUUCAUUUAAUAAAAUAUUUUUAUAAAGUAUUCUUUAGCAAUUCAU